GUAUGUAAACGCACACCAUUUCGCAACAUUUAGAAGUCGAUGAAAAGCUGAAACUUAUUUGUUGGGUUCUACCUUUGCUUCUUCCAACAAUCAUGUCAGUCUUCAUGGCAAAUACCUCACCCGAACGGUCAUCCGCAGAUGGACCCCUCCUUCCCGCGUUGAUGCUUGGCCAAAACAACAAAUCCGCGGCUACUGAUAAAGCCAUCCCUGAUACCUUGGAUACUGGGAAUUUCUCCCUUGGGCCGGCAUCGGCUGAAAGUGAUGCUGAUGAAGCAAUAGGUAUUGAUUCAUCGUCUCUCCGCGGCGAGGAUGGACCACUUCUCUUCGCAUUGCUACUCAACAAUCAGAACAACAAUAACAACAAGAAUAUUAUAGGAGAUCCUGUUUCUGACACCUUGGAUCCUAGGAAUAUUUCUCUUGAGCUAAAGCCCCCUAGGGAGGAUGAUAUUGAGAAAAUUGAUAAUCAGUCGGUCGAUGGCGAGGAUGGACCACUCCUUUUCGCAUUGAUGCUUACCAACCAUAACAACAACCACAAGCACGCGAAAAACUCAGGAGAAAAAGGGGAUCCUGUUUCUGACACCUUGAAUCCUACAAGUAUCGCUCUCGAGCUGAAGUACGCUGAUAAUAUGAACGGCGUCUCGGGAUCCUUUGACAAAGGAGAUGACCACUUAGUAUCUCUUUACGAAAGUCAGCACUCGGAACAUGCUAUUACAGAGGCUAUUCCCGAUGUCUUGGAGAUGAAAACUCAAUUACUGGAAUUACAUUCUCCCGACGCAAUCACCGAAGCCAUUCCCGAUAUGCUAGAGAUGAAAACACAACUACUAGAAUUACACUCCACCGAUGCAAUCACCGAAGCAAUCCCAGAUGUCUUGGAGAUGAAAACACAAAUACUAGAAUUAAAUUCUCCUGGAAACGCCAUCACCAACGGGAUCCCCGUAAUUUUGAAAUUAAAUUCCCAAGCGCAAGCAGCCCAAAUAAAAGCCUUACUUCAAGGGCAAUCAAUCCCCGUAGCCAUAUCUACAAAAAAUACCUUUGAAAAAAGCACUCCAAAAUCAUCAAAUGGAGCUCCAAUCAUUGGCUCCAUAAUGCAGUCUGGGGCAAACUUGACCGUCGAUGAGUCAAAAAAUGGUAAUUUAAGCGACGAGCAAUUACAAUUCUGGAAAGAAAACGGGUAUCUCGUCAUUCCAAACGCAUUACCGAGCGAGCAAAAAGACCUCUUACUCAAAACUGUGCAUGAAUCAGCUGAAGCCCUUGCGGGCGGUGGCGAACGAGUAGAGAAACAUUCGUAUCUCCCAGGACAAAAAUCAUACGUGCAUCCAUGCGGUCGAGCUAUAGCCACUCUAAGCGACUGUAAGUAUUGGUUUCUUUGCACCCUCUCUAAUUCCCUAAUUCAUCACCACACUAACACCCCAAACAAGAUGCAUUCAACCCAGCCGUCGAACCCCUAAAACGCAUCCAGCGCAUCGGCUGCGGUAUCCACCGCGUCAUGCCUCCCUUCCGCAAAGCAAUACUCAGUCCCUUUCACUCCACGCUCGCCAAAUCCCUCGGGUACAAAGAUCCCCGCAUUAUUCAAAGUCUUAUUAUCGUCAAAGCCGGGGAAAUAGGAGCACGCGUCGUACCUCAUCAAGAUGGCUGUUCAGGAUUCACAAACCCCUCUUCAUGCACGACAUUCUGGUACGCGCUAGAAGAUUGCUCUGUAGAAAAUGGUUGUUUGGCUGUAGCCCCCGGGAGUCAUCGUGUACAGCCCAUUACACGACGUUGUAGGAAUGUGGAUGGAAAGCCGGAAUUUGUGGAUUUGGAUCGUCCCGUCUAUGCGGAGAUUGAGGGGGUGCGGGAUGCGAGUUUGCCGAGGAGGAAUGAGAACGGGGAAUUUGUUUAUGAGAAGUUGGAGGUGGAGGCUGGGACUUUGAUUUUGAUGCAUGGGAAUUUGAUGCAUACGAGUGAGGCGAAUAAAAGUACUAAGAGUCGUGUUGCGUUCAAUUUUGGGGUUGUGGAGGGUGAGCUGGAGUGGUUGGAGGAUAAUUAUUUGCAGCCUUAUGAAGGGUCGACGGAGUUUGAGAAAUUGUGAUGUCUGUUGGGCAGAUUAUCCUUCACGUGUCAGAUUAAUCAAAAAAAAUUUGGUCAACACUUGUAUGCAUUGACCGGCCACUG